AUGGAUCCCACAAAUGAACUCAUCUCACCUCCAGACAAAGUCCUCCGGGAUUUAUGGGAAGCCGCACAGGGGCCCUGGCAGUCCGGCGUGUUGCCCAGCGCCGACGAAUUAGCUCACGCCAGGGCUUCUCUUCCGACUACACUACCAGACACCGGUGUCGGGUUUGAGUCCAUCCAAGAACACAUCAUCCAAGACAUUGUGCCUGCGUUCAACGCCGGCAGCAUCAGCCCCAAUUACUACGGCUUCGUCACCGGCGGGGUUACACCUGCAGCGCUGUUCGCGGAUAACGUUGUCUCAGCCUACGACCAGAAUGUCCAAGUGCAUCUCUCGAAUCACUCCAUCGUGACCGAUGUCGAGUUCAAUGCCCUUGGUUUGGUUCUUGAUCUCUUGAAGCUCGAUCGUCCAGUUUGGCACAAUGGCACUUUUACUACGGGUGCCACGGCGAGCAAUAUCCUCGGUCUAGCCUGUGGCCGGGAAUAUGUUCUUACAAAGGCCGCAGAGAAGAAAGCGAGCCUAGUGAAAAGUGCAGCAGAAGACGGCUUGUUCGAAGUCUUGCAGGCACUGGGACUCUCUGGGGUUCAAGUCCUUUCAACACUGCCGCACUCGUCUCUGGUCAAGGCAGCGGGUGUGCUAGGCAUUGGUCGUUCAAAUGUGCACAACAUUUGUCGCGCAGAUAAUCCCCUUCAUUUUGAUAUGGAGCGGCUCGAAGCGGAACUAGCAAGAACCGAUAAGGCUAGUAUCGUGGCUGUCUCCUGUGGAGAAGUGAACACCGGCCGCUUUGCAACAACCGGUCUAGAGGACCUCAGUCAAAUCCGUCAGCUGUGUGAUAAGUACGGCUCUUGGUUGCAUGUAGACGCAGCCUUUGGCAUCUUCUCCCGAGUGUUGAACGACAUGCCCGAGUUUUCAACCAUUAAAAAGGGAGGCGAGGGCAUGGAACUAGCCGACUCGAUUACCGGCGAUGGACACAAGCUGCUGAAUGUUCCCUACGACUGCGGGUUUUUCUUCUGCAAGCACCCCGACCUCGGCGCCCAGGUCUUCCAAAAUGCGAACGCAGCCUACUUGACGGCUGGGAGCUCAAGCGGGCCUACUAUUCCGUCGCCGCUCAAUAUUGGGAUCGAGAACUCGCGCCGGUUCAGGGCAUUGCCUGUCUAUGCGUCUCUGCUUGCGUAUGGGAAAGAAGGGUAUCGCGAGAUGCUAGAGCGUCAGAUUCGAUUGGCAAGGAUGAUUAAUGGCUGGAUUUAUGAUCAUCCGCAGUACACGGCUUUGCCUCAAUCCGGAUCCAAGCCUGAGUUGCUGGAUCAGACAUACAUGAGUGUUUUGUUCCGUGCUAAAGAUGACGCUUUGAAUCGUGAGCUUGGGGCGAGGAUCAAUGCCACCUCCAAGAUGUUUGUCUCAGGCACCAGCUGGCAGGGAAUGCCGGCUUGUCGGAUUGCAAUCUCGAAUUGGAGAGUCUCUGAGCAGCGGGACUUUGCGUUGGUGACUUCGGUUCUGGAUAAAGUGGCCAUAUAA